GAUGUUUUCUGAAAGUGACAAGAGAGGACUGGCCGCUGAGACACUUGACGUAAUUCACCACAUAGAACCUCAGUAGAUCUAAUGGAGCUUAUGAUUCUCACCUAGACAUUAAGAAGGCAGUGAGGCAUCAUGGCAUCAAGUUCUGUGAGUCAAGAGGAUGUGGACAUAGACUUUGAGACUUCCUCGCGUCGAUCUCGUAUCCGCACUGCUAGAGCCAGGAACAUCAACCCCACCUCACGCCCAGGCGAAGCAGAUGAAGAAUGUGAGGAAAGUGAGCGUGAUGCUGGAACUGGUGGAGGGCUCUUUCCUGGUGCUCCUGACCAUGAUGCCAGUCCCAAGCCUGCCACCAGACUCAAGGAAAAGAGGGUGAACAGACCAAACCACACAAACAAAGGAAAGCAGCAGAGAGAUCGGCGAAAACUGCGAGAAAAGAGACGGAGCACUGGUGUUGUUCAUCUACCUUCUACAGAGUUUUUGAAGAGAGGCCAUUUGUGCUCACAGUCAACAGGAGGCAGCACCGGCGAGGACGAGGAGCUGCUAUCAAUGACGGCUGAGACCCGGCGCAACACACACUACAACGAACACCCGGAGAAAGAAAAAAGUGCAACAGGAUCUGGUGAUCACCAUCAUUCUGCUGCUCCAGGCCCUCAAGCCAUGGCUGACCAUAAGCACAAGAAAUCAUUUACAAGUCAUAGAAAUAAAAGCCCAAGUGAUUUGGAAGCAGAUGAUGAAGACAACCAAGAUUAUGAUUCUCUGACCAUGAGUGACUCAACUUUAUCCCUUGUACAACCUGCUUCGUCUGCCAUAACAAGUAGUCAUCCCACCAAUAGCCUUCACACUACACGUCAGCCAGCCAACGGUCGACCUGCAACACCUACAUCUGAAAGUGUAGAUGAACUUCUGGAGAGUGCCCGCGAGGAAAAUCGUCGUUUGUUGGGUUUACUGGAAGAGCGUGAUCGUCGCAUUUCUUCUCUAGAAUCUCGACUUUCUAUACUGACUGGAGAGCUCACUCAAGCCUGCACCGAAAGGUCUAAUUUGCGGCAGGAGAACACUGCCCUAAUACGGGCCAUGGCAUCUCUCACUGCUAAAUAAGCCCAGUAGUGACCACUACAUUGUGAUUUACUUACAAAUCUCUUUUGUGCCAUGUAUUUGGCUACUACACAACUAAAUGAGGCAGUGAUUUGGUACUUAAGUAAUGUAAGUUAUCCUUUAGAAAUAUACAAUCCAAGCUUUUGCAGACUAGUAACAUCCACUCAUAAGACGUGCUGCUAUCUGAUUCUAUAUGUUUUAUUUCUACUGCUAUUUCAAUAUACUGUACAGUACUGUAUAAACCAAUAUUCUCAUUAGGAUCAUUUGAUUUACAGAGUGUCAGGUUUUGGUUGCACAUGUUCAUUGAUUACAUCUGUUAUGCUAAGAAAGAAUGGCAAGUAAAGGUUUGACCCAGAUUAUAUACAAUAGUUCACACUGCCUCAGAUAUAUUUUAUCAAAGGGCAUUGCAUAACAGUUAUUUAAACAUAUACACUUGACCUGAUUGUUCUUGAAUUUUAACAUAAAUAAUGAUUUCUUAAAUUUUAAUAUAACUUUAGUAAUAUUAAACUUAUACAGAAGGAUUAAAUAUCUAACAGAAUUUGCAAAAUAUAUUUCUCUAUAAUAUUUAUUUGUAUCCAAGUAAAUUGGGUUAAUUUUUACAUUAUAUAUAAAUAUAUUUAUAUAGUAUACAUAUUUUAAUUUCUGUAGAAAAUAGAAUUAUAAUGAUAACUUUAUUUGUAAUUGGCAGUUAACAAAAUUCAGUAAAGUCCUUGGAGUUGAGGUACAUCACCCUGGUGUCCUAUAUGAGCACAUUACAGUACUGUACUUGGUGGAAUACUGUACAGCAUUUGGUGUGAAACUAUUUUCCAUAUUUGUAAUCUUUCAUUUAGGUUAGGAAUUCCACAAGGCUGUGCCUGUCAUCACCAUUGUAAAUUAAUAGGUACAUUUGUGCAAUACUCUAUCUCUCUUUCUCCUCUUCUCUUCUCUCUUAUAUAUAUAUAUAUAUAUAUAUAUAUAUAUAUAUAUAUAUAUAUAUAUAUAUAUAUAUAUAUAUAUAUAUAUAUAUAUAUAUAUAUAUAUAUAUAUAUAUAUAUAUAUAUAUAUAUUGUACCUAAUCUAUAUUUUUGGGGAACAUUUAUCAUUUACCUUUACCUAAGGGCUUGUGUGUGUGUAUGGUCAAAUGAGCAGCUCCAAUGUAUUUAUUAUCUGUGGCCUGGUCAGUAUGCUUAUUAAACAUACCAGGUCUUGCCAGGUCCUGACUAUUGCAUGUUCUCAGUGGACCGCAGAAAUAUACACUAUGAAGUAGACUUAGAUGAGAAUAUACAAUUUCCUAAAUAUUUUUAGUUUGCAACAUUCAAUAUGAUUGACUAACAGGGAUUAUCACUGGGCUGUAGAUGGUUGACAGGAUUAUAAGUGAGCUGUAGACAGUUGAUAAACAGGGAUUAUAAGUAAGCUGUAGAUGGUUGACAGGAUUAUAAGUGAGCUGUAGAUGGUUGACAGGAUUAUAAGUGAGCUGCAGAUGGUUGACAGGAUUAUAAGUGAGCUGCAGAUAGUUGACAGGAUUAUAAGUGAGCUGCAGAUAGUUGACAGGAUUAUAAGUGAGCUGCAGACAGUUGACAAACAGGGAUUAUAAGUAAGCUGUAGAUGAUUGACAGGAUUGUAAGAAGCUGUAGAUGGUUGACAGGACUAUAAGUGAGCUGUAGAUGGGAUUCCACUUAAGCUUAUUUUUAUGCUAGAUAUUACAGCUAAUGUAUUUGGUAUCCCCUCUAAAGCUGUCCAAAACAUUAAUGUGGGCUCUGUGAUAGGCGGCAGCACCUGUAUCACACCGUGUUGCUAGUACAGAUCCUGCAGAAGAAUUUUAUCGCUUCAUUGUUGUAAGACAUAUUAUUUUAUUUAUUUUUCUUAAACACACACACACUCUCUUAAUACACUCCCUCAUACACACCAACAUACACACACACACCAACAUACACACACACCAACACACACACACACAUACCUGCACACACACACACACACACACAUACCUGCACACACACACACACACACAUAUACACACUCACACUCACCAUUUUUUCUUGAACCAAAAAAUCGGGACACUCAGAAACCAGGAAAACAUCUCAUAUGGAUGUACAGUAGAUAAUAAUUAUAUUCUCAAACCUGUUUGCUACUGAUACUUUUUCAUUAAAUAUUAAGAAGCGACUGUGGCCACCUCACUAAUCAGUCACGUGGACACAUUAUUCAGUUCCAAGCAUUAGCAACCUCUGUAACUUGGUUCAUCUGACACCUACUUACCUGAGUAUUGUCUGGCUUGAGCACAGUAGGUUGGUGGAAGCAGAGAUUACAGUAGGUACCUGGCAUCUGUAGUUGGCAUCAGAGGUGUCUCACAGUUGGCCGAUUGGAGGUCUUGUCUUCUGAGGUUAUGUAUAGUAAUGGGGAGGGAGAUUAGGGACAAGCAUGGUGAUUGAGGAUGUAUUUCUGGGAGAGAGUAUCACCUAGUUAGUUCAGCCAUGGCCAGGACAGUUUAUUCCAUGUGACAGUGAAGUCAUUACCACUAGGAGAUAAAAAGAAGUGUGGAUCUCUCCCCACCCAGCAAAAGGACAGUGCUUAUAUAGUAGUGUUAUGGUGGAGUUGGAGGGUUGGUGUUAUAGAAAGCCAUGCACAUUUGUGAUUGUUAGAAUACUCAGUGAGUCUAGCUACUUACUUUAUAAUGUCAUAGCCUAUAUAAACGGGUAAAUUCACCAUGCUUCAUAACACCAAUUGAUGGAAGUCAGACUUUUUUUUUUCCACAUUCAUUAAAGCAGAUACCAUGCUAAUGUGGACACUUUAUGUAAGUCCCAUGAGUGUCCUGAUUACAGAGUUUAUACUGUACAGUGUAUACAUGUAUAUGAUAUCAAUAUUAAUUAACAGGUACUUCUUAUUUAUCGUGAAAUACUCUUCUCUGUACAGUAAUUCCCUGCUGUAUCAUGGUAAUGCACCCCUGUAGCAGCCAUAAUACUCCUAACCUUAAGCUUGUGGAGAAAACAGUGUUGCAUUGUCAACCCACAAAAUAUGUGACUGGUGCACUUAACUUUAUACAGAGUGAAAUUUGGGUCACAGUCUGCAGAAGCAGUAGAACACAUUAUUACAGUAUGUAUAGAUUGUUGCAUUAGGCUAUGUCCCAUGUGAGAACGUCCUGCGGCAUCGAGCGACUACACGAGUAAACACGCUACCUUGGUGUAGCAGACAAACAUGUGUUUUCUUUUAUGUGUCUCACUUAGACGCGUGAAGCACUCGCGAGCGACCAGAAAGCGGGAACUAGAUGCGCGACCUGGAAGCAGCGAUCAAAUAUUUUGAUCGUCGAUCUUCACAUUCUACACCACAACUAAAGAAGGUUAUGCAUUAAUUUUCAAGUGUUAACUGCUUGAUCUUGCGAAAAAAUAGAUCCUUGUGGACUAUUAAUUUAGCUGCAAAAUGUUUGUCACAUUCUUUGCAGAAGAAUGUGAAGCAUUGCUUAUUCUAGAGGGUGCUGUGUUAUUCUCAACUGUACAUUCUUGAAUUGCAUAUGACUUUGCAUCCAGACCCUCUUUGUCAAUGAUGUUAUUAUGGAAAAGUGUAGCACACUUUACAAUGUCAACAGCAGUAUCUACCUUUGUUUUAAUAACUUUAUUUAAAAUUUUCCAUUUGCUUGUACAAAUUCCUAAAGGCACGCUACAACACGCCUAGCAUGUGACAAUCUGUAAUUAAAUUUUUUUUCUUUGUUCAGAGCAUUCCUAGCAUAGGGUUCCAACAAAUAUACACAGAGUGGGUAGGCCUCGUCCCCAAUCAGAAUACAUUUUGGUGUAUACUCGUGAAACUUCUUUGGAUCUUAGUGAAGUUCCUUGUAGAGAUGGUGAAAUUCGCCAAGAGUACUUCCCUCUUCUUUUGAUAUGUGGGAUGUUUUUCUUGGGUACCUCUGCAGGUAACCCAUGUUGAAAAGCAGUAUUUUCUUAAAGUACCAGCAAACGUCUGCGCUGCAUAGAUGGCAUGUUUACGCUGACAGAUGCAGGCUGUUGGGACACAGGUCGCUUUGGAAAAUAGGUCGCGCGUGUACGCUCUGGUCGCUCGAUGCCACAAGACGCUCGCACAUGGAACAGCCUUAGAACUGUGACUCGUGUUCAUUGGUCCAUGCUCCCCAUAUGGUGCAUCUAACAUGUUUCACCCCAGGGUCCAGACCUUUAAAGGUUUAUAUUGGGAAUAUUCCUCAAAUGAGAUUAUAAAUGUAUUGUACCUAGAUUGUGGACUACAGGUGAAUCACAAAAGUAUCAAAAAGUAACAUCACAAUUAUGCUGAAACUGCAUUAGCUAAGUACGUACUUACUGUAGACUUCACACUAGCUAAGGGGAUACAAUUAACUUGUGGGAAGUUUAGAAGGUUCUGUAUCUUAAAUUUUAUUCCUAUGACUGGAGAUAAAGUAAACGAACACACACAUUUAGUUAAGGAGAGUCUUGGUGAAAAUUUAAUGUCCACAUUUCAGAUUUGCCCCUUGCAGUGUAGGGACUAGUUUCUUGGGUACCCCGAUAUCCUGUGUAAGGCGAAGUGCAGAAACAUUACAGCGCCAAGCAAGGGAGUUCAUACUUGCCUUCUUAAACUUAAAUGAUGGGUGGGCGAAAGUGCCUGAGGGUCCAUUGGUUGAGUUAGCAAGUGAUGAAAGGCAAAGUGUCAAGAGCCAAAACAUACACAGGCAGCUACAGGGGAAAGUGACAAGGACCCAAACAUACACAGGCAGCUAUAGGGAAAUGUGACAAGAGCCAAAACGUACACAAGCAGCUAUAGGGAAAUGUGACAAGAGUCAAAACAUACACAGGCAGCUAUAGGGAAAUGUGACAAGAGCCAAAACGUACACAAGCAGCUAUAGGGAAAUGUGACAAGAGUCAAAACAUACACAGGCAGCUAUAGGGAAAUGUGACGAGCCAAAACGUACACAAGCAGCUAUAGGGAAAUGUGACAAGAGCCAAAACAUCCAUAGACAGCUACAGGGGAAAGUGACAAGGACCCAAACAUCCAUAGACAGCUACAGGGGAAAGUGACAAGGACCCAAACAUACACUGGCAGCUACUGGGAAAAGUGACAAGGGCCAAAACAUACACAGGCAGCCAGUGGGGAAAGUGACAAGGGCCAAAGCAUCCAUAGGCAGCUACAUGGGGAUGUGCCAAGGACUUGGUGUGUUACCAAGCUGGACUUGCUGGUCUACCAGUCAUGAAAGCCCCACCACAGCAUAAAUGCCCUAAUUAGUUUGCUAUGAUACAGCAGGGGUUUACUGUUUAUUAAAUAGCUAAUACAUUUCAAGGAUGGCAAUUAUUUUGACAGUCAAUGUACCCAAUAUUUAAUUACUGUAUUUAUUAUUUCCAGACAUUAUCCAAUACUAAACAUCAUUCCUUACAUUCUGUGUGGAGAUAUGUGCAACAUUCCCCCUACAUUAAUCUACUCUUGGGCUGUGUUGUGAACUCUUAAAUCCUUGAUAGUAACAUCGACUCACCAACAUAGUUGGGAAAGAUGUUAAUUAUCCUUUUAUAUUUUUGUUUUCUUUUUAUAUGGCAGCUACAUUUAAGAUGGUAAUUGCUAAGCCAGUUUCAAAAUUACCUGCUGUGUGGGACCAUCACAAAUGCAGUUUUUAGUAAAUUUCAGCUUAAUGAUAAAGGUAAAAAAUCUUUGAUUUAGGUAGACAAAUCAUUUAAAGUAUACUGUAGUUAACAGAUCAUUUCCGAGCUUCAUCCUCUUUUGCAGUAUGUAAUGCAUGUAAGUGUCAAAUCAUAUGAUGAUAGUAAAUAUUUAGUUGAUAAAGUGAUAAUAUUGUCUCCAAAGGACAUAUGGUGAUUUGGGUAAUAUUCUUUUAUGGUACGUAAUGUGAAAUUUUAAUUGCAAUCUCCACUGACUAUAAAAAAGGGUAACUCUUCGUGAUAUGCUAAAACUAGUUACUUUCACCUAACUGCUGUGAUGAGCUAAUUUCUUGUAGCUUUAAUAGUUUCUUUGGUGUUUAGUAAAAAAAAAGGUUGCAGAGAGAAUGUUAAUAAAACUUCUCACUGUUACCUAGUAAACAAUAUUUGCUUAUUUAUUUUUCUGAUUUACACUACUGAAGUGUGUGUGUAUGUGUGUAAAACUCAGCUGAAGAGGUAUUGUAACCAUGUAACCAUUUUAGUAUUUUAUUUUAUUGCUUCCAAAGUGAGUCUUUACGUAACUAAUCAGAAAGCUUCAAGUUAGAAUAUGGAGCUUCUCAACUAGCUCACCAUUGUUAGGUUGUGGUGACGGCUCCACAGUAGUUGCAUUGCAUCAAUCAAGUAUGAACAAUCCAUAAAAAACAGAAAACAAUAAUUUAUAUAUUAUUCCAAGUACUGUAACAUACUAUGUUUUUGUUUGGUUUUGUAAUUAUAGCCAUGAGUUAAUGUUAUCACCCUGUCACUGGUUUAACCUAAGGUUGUCCAUAAGUGGUUCUGGUUUAUUCUGUAACAGAUAAGAUAUAGGGAACAAAUUAAUUUAGAUAUGACGUUGUGCUGCUAAUUGUAACACAAGUGUUUUACAGCAGCUAAGUUAUUUGCACAUUACAUAAUAUAUCUAUUGAAUAAGAAGUUUCCUUGUGGGGCACUUCAAUUUUGAUCUAAGUGCAGUUGUAUAAUUCCCUGCCCAAGAGUGGGUGAUGGGGAUAGCCAUAUGUACAAAAAUAUUAGAAUUUAGGAAAAUUGGUAUAUUAGCUGAAUUUUUAUUUAUUUACUUUUUUUAGUAGAUUGAUUAUGUCAGAUUGAGUGUCUUCAUAAUACUGGAUGAUGAUGUUGGAUAUGUUUUCUAGUGAUAAAUUAUUUGCCACUGAUAACAUUAAUUGUUGCCUACUGAAUCAAAUAUAUAGCUCUGGCAGUUUAAUUGCCUCUUUUGUACAAUACUUACCGAUCUCUUCUUAUUAAUCAUUUAUUGAGUCAUGUAAAGGCUUCACCUGUUACAUUCCUCUAAAAAUAUUUUUGUGUGUAUUAUGAAAUGCAAAAAUAAAUGCAAUUUAUAUACAUAAUAAAAAGAGGAGUGCCAA